AGUCAGGCGGGUGUCAUGGCAGAAGGAGCAGACUGCGGUUCCGUCAACGCUGCGAAGAGGAAACAACCAGCGGGGAGGAAGAGCCGGCAGAGUCAGCAGAAGAAGACCUCCGGCAGCCGGGUGAGUCUGGAGAAAGUUCUUGGUAUCAGCACAGCCAGCAGCAGCGGUUUGACCUCUGACCCCAACUCUGGGCUCAUCGCCUAUCCUGCAGGGUGUGUCAUCGUGCUGCUUCACCCGAAGAAGAACAAACAGAGCCACAUCGUCAACGCGUCGAGAAAACCCUUCAGUGCUCUGGCCUUUUCUCACGAUGGAAAAUACCUGGUCACUGGUGAGAGCGGUCAUGUGCCCUGUGUGCGGGUGUGGGAAGUGGGAGGAGGUCAAGUGGCUGAGGUUCAGUCUCAUAAAUACGGCGUUUCCUGUGUGGCGUUCUCCACCAACAGCUGCUACAUCGUCUCUGUGGGAUACCAACACGACAUGACUGUUAGUGUGUGGGACUGGAGGAAAGGUUCGAUCGUCGCCUCCAACAAAGUCUCCAGCAGAGUUUUCGCCGUCUCUUUCUCUCAGGACAACAGCUACUUCGUCACCGCGGGAAACAGACACGUCAAGUUCUGGUACCUGGACGCAUCCAAAGAACGACGGGUGAACAGUACGGUGCCUCUGAUUGGGCGGUCGGGGUUGCUAGGUGACCAUAAGAAUAGCGUGUUCAGUGGGGUGGCGUGCGGGCGUGGCCUCAUGGCAUCUAGCACCUACUGCAUCACCAGCUCCGGUCUGCUGUGUCUGCUCAACAGCAGCCGACAGCUGGAGGCCUGGGUCAACCUCAAGACGUCCUCGGCGAGUUGUCUGGCGGUCAGUGAGGACUUCAUCUUCUGUGGUUGCGCUGACGGUCUAAUCAGAGUCUUCAGUCCGACCAACCUGCAGUACAUCACCACCCUGCAUCGACCGCACCGACUGGGAGUCGACCUCACUAAGAGCGCACAGCACGGCGUCCUGUCACCUGCCAGUCCAGGUGCUCAGUACCCCGACACGUUGGCUCUGACCUUUGACCCCGCUGCCAAACACCUGAGCUGCGUGUACAACGACCACAGUGUUUAUGUGUGGGACGUCAAAGACGUGAGGAACGCGGGGAAGCUCUACUCCGCCCUGUACCACAGCAGCUGUGUGUGGAGCGUCGAGGUGUAUCCGGAGCUGUCAGAGGUGUCUCAGGCUUGUCUGCCCCCGUCCUCCUUCCUCACCUGUUCCUCCGAUAACACCAUCAGACUGUGGCACACCGACCCCCCCACCGGACACAGGAACCUCUAUAGCAACGACCUGUUGAGGAUUUUGUAUGUGGGGGAGAACACGCAACACCUGCAGGCAGAGGGGGAGAGAGGGGAGGCAGCAGGGGCUGACGGGAAGGCUGGGAUCAGAGUGCUGUGUAUCAGUCCUGACGGACAGCACCUGGCAGCCGGAGACCGCUGCGGAAACCUGCGUAUCUUUGGUCUGGAGUUUCUGGACGAGUUGGCGAAGAUCGAGGCUCACGACUCGGAGGUGCUGUGUCUGGAGUUCUCACCCACCACCACAGGUGUGAAGCUGUUGGCGUCGGCCAGCAGGGAUCGACUAAUCCACGUCUUCAACCUGGAGAAGAACUACAGUCUGGAACAGACUCUGAACGACCACUCCGCCUCCAUCACGGCUGUCAAGUUCACAGGUGAGAGUCCAGAGGUUCGAAUGGUGAGCUGUGGAGCCGACAAGAGCAUCUACUUCCAGACUGCUGAGCAGACGGUGGAGGGUUUGUCCUUCUCCAGGAGCCAUCACGUGGUGGAGAAGACGACGCUGUACGACAUGGACCUGGACUCAUCGAGGACACACGUCACCAUCGCCUGUCAGGACCGAAACGUCAGGGUGUACAACGUGGAAACCGGGAAACUGAAGAAGUGUUUGAAAGGCUCGUCCAGUGACGAAGGAGCUCUGCUGAAGGUUCAGAUGGACCCGUCCGGGAGUUUCUUCGCCACCAGCUGCUCCGAUAAAAACAUCACCAUCUUUGACUACGAGUCAGGAGAAUGUGUCGCCACCCUGUUCGGACAUUCAGAGAUCGUCACCUGUAUGAGGUUCAGUCAGGACUGCAGACACCUCAUCACCGUCUCAGGAGACAGUUGUGUGUUUGUGUGGAGGUUGGACUCUCAGAUGACCACCACCAUGAGGAAGAGGCGGGGCCUCAGACUGAAGAGCGCACCUGAAACCUGCAGCCACAAACAGCCGAACAUCAGGAGGGAGACCUUCAUCACGGUUCCCUCCUCUCAGCUGCAUCAGAUGGAGGAAGAGGAGGAGGAGGAGGAAGAGGCCGACCUCGGGACUCCAGCUAGACUGGACUGUGCUCACGACGCUCAGCUGCUCCAGACCAACGGAAAACUGCCCAUGUGGUUCAGAAAACUGCAGGGCCAGGGCGGAGCCUCCUAUGCCGUCCAAUCAGACACUGAGCCCCGUCAGGUGCGGAGUCGGUGGACGGAGCAGCUGAACCCGCUGACCAUCUGCUCCAACUUCUCCCCGAGUCCCACCAAGAGUCAGGAGGAGGAAGAGGAGGAGGAGGAGGAGCAGAGGGAGGAGGAGCGGCAGGAGGAGGACGAGGAGGACGAGGAGGAAGACUUCCACCCUCAAAGUCUUGAGAGUCUGCUGGGAGAGGAGGAGGAGGAAGAAGAUGGAGAGGAGGAGGAGAAGGAGGUGCUGCAGAGCGCAGGCGAGGACGGGAACAGCUACAUCCUCUAUCCCGACACCACCACCACCACCACCACCACCAGUGACAGGGAGUUUGAUGUCGAAGCUGUGACUGACCCUCAGCGGUCUCUGACCCAGCUGGAGGUCAAAGGUCAGCGGGCAGAGCCGGUGUGGAGUACCCAGCUGAGUCCAGACUCCGCCUGCUCCGAGGGGUCUGCGGGAAGUCUGGAACAGCAGCACGACGCAGACACAGACUCUCUGAGUCAGGGCAGCUCCGUGGGCAGUUUGGGUCUGGAGGACGACGAGGACAGAAACUCUCUGAAGAACCACUUUGAUACGCUGGCUUCCAGUCUGAAUGAAGAGAAGUUCGACACCGAUCUGAGGACUCUGCAGCCUCCAGAGGAAAAACACUUCCUGAACCCUCGACUCAGCAUCUCCACCCGCUUCCUGUCCCGCUUCCAGGACAGAAUCAGGGUGUGGCCGAGUCGAGCUCCGCCUCCUGUCUCCAUCCCGACCAGGAUAUCGGAGGAGAGCAACGCAUCGGUGAACUUGGAGUCGAGCGGCGGCGUUUCAUCAACAGAGUCAACUCAGAAAGAAAACAGCAGCAGCAGCAGCGUGAGAUGCAGUCAGUCCGUCGCCCGUAGAAGAGCUUCCUGCAUGAUAUCCCAUCAGCCGCCUCGCGGCUCGACACGCCGACGACACACUGUGGUGGUUGUCCAAUGCAGACAGAUGCUGGGAGACGUCACCUCCAGGACUCUGAUGGCCCACAACAGCAGCGCGAUGUCUGCCGUCCAGCAGGGGGCGCCGCGGCUCGGAUACCUGGGAACCACAGCCAGUUCCAGGGCCAAAGUGAGCCAGGACCCCUCCACCUCCACCCAGGAGGAAGAGAAGGAAAACCUAUCCUCCUCCUCAGACCCCCAGCCUCCUGCCCCCCUGCCGUCUGCUGAUCUGGACCUCCACAGCACCAAACCCAACCCCCAUCAGGACCAGACCUGCAGUGUCGCUCUGUCGUCCCAGAAGUCUCAGCAUCGUGUACCUGCAGCGAGCCCUCGGGCGUUGGCCACGCCCACCGAGGCGAUGCCACAGGACGGAGUCGGGAGGUGGAGCGUCAGCAGCAUCGAGGAGACGCUGACAAAUCAAAACCAAACUGUAAUCGUGAGCCCCGCCCCCUCCAUCACGCCCACGACCACGCCCGCCGCCUGUGACAUCAUCACUCACGACAUCACCACAUCCGCCUCUGCCCCUGACAUCACCACCGACUCCGCCUCCAGGCAGGGGGACGAUCCAGGUGGAACCGAGACCAGAACGCAGACUGAUCCGGAUUCAGACGAGUCUUUGGGAGCCGAUUCAGCUUCCUCUGCCCCGCCCGCCUCUUCGUCCCAUCCUCCGUCAGAAAGACCCCGCCCUCCGCGAACAGGACCAGGUGAUGAGGAAGAGUCGGUGAGUCUGCAGCAGUGUCAGCAGGUGGCCAACGAGCUGAGACAGACGGCGAGACGAGCCGUGCACCUUCACCAACAGCUCGGCAAAUCGGCCCUCGUUGCGGAGCGGAGUCUUCAGAUGUCGGCCAUCCUGCAGGAGGCGUUUGUUUUUGUUGACUCUGAGCUGCGGCUGGUCCUGCGGGGAGACGGGCUGGGCAGCGGCGCGCCCCCCUCCGGUCGACCGGAGGACGACGGGACGAUAUCUUUGCUAGAGAAAUACUCUGAGCUGCUGGUACAGAUGACCCAGAACAAACUGAACCGAAUCUGAUCCAGGAGCAGUCACGCUUCUGUCGGUACGGAGGCUGAAAGAGGACAAAAUUCACUUUAACGUGAGCCUGAUCGGCAGAGUGCUGCUGUUCAUUCAGCUCGACGACUGACAGAUUUUACAAACAUCAGUAUUCAAUUUAACGCACCUUAUGUUUGUUUUAUGGGAGCAAAUGGGAGUUUUAUUUGUGUUUUAAAUCACGUUCACUGCUUGUACAUAAACUGUAGUUUUUAUGUUUCUUAAUAAAUGUUUAACGUC